AUGGCGAAGCUCGUGAACAAGCUGGUCGAUUCGUUCGACCACGACGACACCCUGGACGUCGGCUGCGUGCGCGCCGUGCUGGCCGAGCUCGUCCUCACCUUUCUCUUCGUCUUCACCGGCGUCUCCGCCGCCAUGGCCGCCGGGUCCGGCGGGAAGCCCGGCGAGGCUAUGCCGAUGGCGACGCUGGCGGCGGUGGCUAUCGCGCACGCGCUGGCCGCCGGCGUCCUGGUGACGGCCGGGUUCCACGUCUCCGGCGGCCACCUGAACCCCGCCGUGACGGUGGGGCUCAUGGUGCGCGGCCACAUCACCAAGCUCCGGGCGGUGCUCUACGUCGCCGCGCAGCUGCUCGCGUCCUCCCUCGCCUGCGUCCUCCUCCGCUACCUCAGCGGCGGCAUGGUGACCCCGGUGCACGCCCUGGGCGCUGGCAUCAGCCCGAUGCAGGGCCUGGUGAUGGAGGUGAUCCUCACCUUCUCCCUGCUGUUCGUCACCUACGCCAUGAUCCUGGACCCACGGAGCCAGGUCCGCACCAUCGGCCCGCUGCUGACGGGCCUCAUCGUCGGCGCCAACAGCCUCGCCGGCGGCAACUUCACCGGCGCAUCCAUGAACCCGGCUCGGUCCUUCGGGCCGGCCCUGGCCACUGGGGUCUGGACAAACCACUGGGUCUACUGGAUCGGCCCGCUGCUCGGCGGGCCCCUGGCUGGCUUCGUGUACGAGUCGCUGUUCAUUGUGAACAAGACGCACGAGCCGCUGCUCAAUGGAGACAUCUGA